GUGUUCCUUUCAUGUUUGAAAUAAUUUUCACAAAAUGUCAGACUACUUUUAUUGAGGCCCCUUUUCAAAAUUAACAAUUUUAGGAUAUGCUUUCCUUUUGAUGAUUCUUGGGCACGGCAUCCUUUUAAAAUAUUAGCUACACACUGGCGGAGUUUUUGAAUUGCAAUUUUGGUACCCAUUUAAAUGGCGACAGCGCCAAAGCGAAAACCCGAAGGCGAAGUCAUCGGAGCCAGCUCUUCUCAAGACCUCGUCACUGACCAGAACUCGGGUCGUCGCCAGGAGCAGAAGGUAUACACCUUUGCCGACCGGCCGCAACAAAGGACAUCGGGUACUGGGAACUUAGCCAAGGCCGAAGACAAGAGCAAGCCACAGAAAACCAUUCUCGAGGAGCAUGGCAUCAUUCUGGGAAAGGUGAUUGGCACGGGCAACUACGCCAAGGUCAAGAUUGGUUUCUCCGAGGAAUACGGCAAGCGGGUGGCAGUGAAAAUAAUCUCGAAGGUCAAGGCUCCAUCAGAGUACACGCAAAAGUUUCUGCCGCGCGAGAUCGAAGCAGUAAAGGGUCUGCACCAUGAGAACUUGAUUACCUUUUACCAGAGUAUCGAGACCAGUCACAGGGUUUACCUGAUUAUGCAGCUGGCAGAGAAUGGAACACUGCUGGACUAUGUGCGGGAACGGAAGUUCCUGGAUGAACCGCAGUCGCGGACGCUGUUCAAGCAGCUCAUCAGUGCAGUUGAGUAUAUCCACAGCAAGGGUGUAGUGCAUCGCGACAUCAAGUGCGAGAACCUGCUGUUGGACGAGAACUGGAACCUGAAACUCAUAGACUUUGGGUUUGCACGCAAGGACACCAGAACAUCCGACAACCAAGUGAUCCUUUCCAAGACCUUUUGCGGCAGCUACGCCUAUGCCAGCCCUGAGAUUCUAAAGGGCGUGGCCUACGAUCCCUUCAUGUCGGACAUCUGGGCCAGCGGUGUCGUCUGCUAUGCGAUGGUGUUUGGACGACUACCCUACGAUGGCUCCAAUGUGCACAUCCUGCUGAAACGCAUCAACCAAUCGCUGGUUUUUCCCAAGACGCCAGCAGCCUCCAGCGAGUGCAAGCACAUGAUCAUGCAUAUCCUUGCUCCAGUCAAGAUUCGAUACAAUAUUCCACAGGUGAAGGAAGACCCUUGGUAUUCCCUAAAGUGAAUUCUCUGGACUAGUUUCAUGGUUUCAUGGGUUUAAAUUAUUGAAGAUUUUUUUAAAUUUAAUAAAU